GCUGAGAGGGCUGCAGGGGCUUCCGUUCGCUAAGCGUUCCCUAUGGAUUGUUCCACACGGAUUGCGGUGUUGAUGGAGUAACAGUGGGGCACCGAGUCAGAUGUCUUGUUUGGUGUGAAGACUUUCCCGUCAGCGCCCUGACCCGCACCCACAUCACACCCACUCCCUGUAAUAUGAGUGAGGCAGCACGGAGCUGGCACUGUAUAGCCCGAAGCUGCUCAUUCUCCAGUAUGAAAGGCUCCCUGUUGUUUAUCCCCUCCAUAGGGGGAAAUAAAAGCGCUUAUGUAUAGUGGCCAACGCGUCGGAUCCUUUGUUAUUGCCUUUAUUUGGGGAUUUGCAAGUCGCUGCUGCACCUGCGACCAGGACGAGUUGUCGCCACCAAGCUCCUUUCCUGGCUGGACUGAGUGACUCUCAUCUGGCACUAAUUGGUGGAUUUGGUAGCGGCGGUGCAGUCAAGCAGAAUGGAAGAUGUUCCUGUCCUGCUGGGAGAACUGCGUCCUGGCAGGGAACAGUCAUAUGACUGGAAGUCAAGUUGCGAAACCUGGAGCGUUGCGUUUUCUCCUGAUGGGUGUUGGUUUGCUUGGUCCCAAGGACAUGGCAUUGUCAAGCUCCUGCCGUGGCCACUGGAGGAAGAACGUUUACGGCCCCAAGCCUUUGCUUCUAAAAACCAAUGUAUCAAGAUCACAGAUAUUAAAGGACGACGAAGUCCUGAGGAAAAGACACUGGACUGUGGUCAAAUAGUUUGGGGGUUAUCUUUUGGCUCCUCAUCAUCACCCUUGGGGAGGAAAUUAUGGCCCUGCAACAGACACCAAGCUGCUGGAUCAAACAGUUCUUUGAUGCUUUUAGCAACAGGGCUGAAUGAUGGCCAUGUCAAAGUUUGGGACGUUCAUACAGGCUGCCUUCUUUUUAAUCUGGCUGGUCACCAGGAUGUUGUGAGAGAUGUGAGCUUUUCCACUAAUCAGAGCCUUAUACUGGUCACUGCUUCUCGGGACAAGACGCUGCGCAUAUGGGACUUAAAAAAAGAUGGUAAAUUACUACAUGUGUUGUCUGGACAUACCAACUGGGUGUAUUGCUGUGCCAUCUCCCCAGACUGUAGCAUGCUGUGCUCUGCAGCAGGCGAGAACUCAGUGCUGUUAUGGAGCAUGCGUUCUUAUACACUCAUACGCAAACUGGAGGGGCACCAGAACAGCGUGGUGUCAUGUGACUUCUCUCCCGACUCUGCCCUUUUGGUCACAGCUUCUUAUGACACUACUGUCAUCAUGUGGGACCCUUACACAGGGGAACGCCUACGAGAGUUUCUGCACGUUUCUUUACCACCUGAUCUGGAGUACAGCACAACAGAACCACAGCUAAGCUCCCUGAGGUCUGUCUGUUUCUCACCAGAGGGGCUCUUCUUGGCCAGCUUGGCAGAUGACAGAUUUCUGAGACUAUGGUCUCUAGAGCUACAAGAUCCUGUGUCUGUUGCACCAGUCACAAAUGGUUUGUGCUGUACUUUUUUGCCACAUGGGGGAGUUCUUGCAACAGGCAAUAGAGAUGGCCACGUGCAGUUCUGGACUUCCCCGAAGGUCCUGUCCUCACUCCGGCACUUGUGUCGCAAGGCACUACGUUGCUUCCUUACCACUUAUCAAGUCCUUGCUUUACCUAUUCCAGGAAAAAUGAAGGAUUUUCUUACUUAUCGGACUUAUUUAUAGCCUCUUUGUGUAAGGAGCAGCAAUAGGGGACCUUCAAGCCACCUUAUUUAAAAGUAUUUGACACCACACUGAUUUCACAAAUAACCCCCACAGUGGACGUAGAUGUACUCCUGGCUAAAGUGCACCUUACUGGUACCUCCAUGGAACAAGAGCCAACAUAUUGGCAAAAAGCAAAUAUAUUAAUACCUGAUAAAGAGAAGUACAUUGUGGUAAGGUCUGUAAAUGAUAAAGUCACCAUCACCUGUUCUAUUCAGAUUAGCAGAUGUGAGCUAUCUAGAACAUACUGGGUUCUGGCAGAAUUCAAUUAUUUCAAUUGCAUUUACUUUUUUUUUCCCCUCUUGGACAAUUUACUAUGCAAUUUUUGCCCUACGAGGUGUUUUUCCCUCCCAGCUUGAAUCAAUCUUAAAGUGAUACUGACAU